AGAAAGUAAUGGGUUCAGCUUGGGUGAGGAAGGGGAUGGUGGAGAAGGAAUCGACCAGAACCACCGAGGGAAAAUUGAGCCAGAGGUUAAAGAGACCUACCGAGGAUCUAAAGCUCCUGGAUCCAUUCUCAGAACACUUAAUGGAAAGGAAACUGGAGCUGGCUUCUCUAGCCGACGGGAGGGGCUGUUUUGUUCUCUUUCAAUGAAAGAAACCUGCAGAGAGCUUACUGGCGGAGAAGCCCCUCUGGCCCCGGGAAUCGGCUGCACGUACACCCAACCAUCCGAUCCUGACCUAGCUCGACCCCUUUCCAUGCAGGGGCUCGGAAGAUUGGUUUGGUUCCAGUGAUUCCCCCCCCCCCUUCCCUGCAAGUGUUUGAAAUGAGCGGACCCAGGUGAAAAAUAACAAAAAGGUGAUGGCCAUCACAGAUUUUCAGCGAGCUCUGUUGGCAAUUGAAAAAGAAAAGGAGUUGAAUAUGGUCCAGCCGCUGUAAGAGAAGCUGGUUUGAUGAAAAGGCUCUCCAACUUAGGAUGCCGCCUUAAAGACUUUGGAGAUUUGAAUUUUACACCAGUUCCCAAAGAUGAUCUUUACAACAAUCUGAUAGUGAAUCCUCGCUCGGUGGGCCUCGCCAACCAGGAACUAGCUGAGGUGGUUAGCAGAGCUGUGUCAGGCGGCUACAGCUGUGUCACAGUGGGCGGGGAUCACAGCCUGGCAAUUGGAACUAUUAGUGGCCACGCCCGGCACUGCCCAGACCUUUGUGUGAUCUGGGUUGAUGCCCAUGCUGACAUCAACACACCCCUCACCACUUCUUCGGGAAAUCUCCAUGGACAGCCAGUUUCAUUUCUUCUCAGAGAAUUACAGGACAAGGUACCACAACUCCCAGGAUUUUCCUGGAUCAAACCAUGUAUCUCUUCCCCAAGUAUCGUGUAUAUUGGUUUAAGAGAUGUGGACCCUCCUGAACAUUUUAUUCUAAAGAAAUAUGAUAUCCAGUAUUUUUCCAUGAGAGACAUAGAUCGACUUGGCAUCCAGAAGGUCAUGGAACAGACAUUCGAUCUGCUCAUUGGCAAACGACAAAGGCCAAUUCACCUGAGUUUUGAUAUUGAUGCAUUUGACCCUACACUGGCUCCAGCCACAGGAACCCCUGUGGUAGGGGGACUCACCUACCGAGAGGGCAUGUAUAUCACUGAGGAAAUCCAUAGUACAGGGUUGCUGUCAGCACUGGAUCUUGUUGAAGUCAAUCCUCGGUUAGCUGCUUCUGAGGAAGAGAGCAAGGCUACAGCUGGCCUGGCAGUGGAUGUGAUAGCUUCAAGUUUUGGCCAGACAAGGGAAGGAGGGCACGUAGUCUAUGACCAACUUCCUACUCCCAGUUCCCCAGAUGAAUCAGAAAGUAAGGAACGUGUGAGAAUGUAGGAGAUGCUGUGUUGUCACAGUAGGCAUUCAGAGUCAUGAGGUAUUUGAGGGGAUAGUAAGUGGUCACCCAAGUCAAUACUGCCUUAAUGAGAACAUCUGUGCAUUCUCAAAAUUGUAAAGUGUCCUCUCCCUCUCCAUUUUGGUGACCAAUACACUAUUGUAAAUGUAUUUGUUUUUAUUUACAGCUCACAGGGCAUUGAUACAUUGGCGUACAAUGUAAAUUUAAAGACAUCAUAAACAGCAUUUAUUACCUUGGUAUA